AUGAUGGGCUACUUCUGCCACUGUCGAGUCCGCGAUGAUGCUGUCCAGGUCCGUCGUCGAACUGGUUACGAACGAGUCAACAUUUCCUUCAAGCGGACGGUGGGAGGAUCAGACAAUCAUCAGGGACUCCUGGCCACCGGCAACUGGCGUAAGAGCGUUACUAUUGCCUUCGACGUUCAGAUGCUGAACGCCGAUAAACCCGCGCGAGUUUGGCCUCCCUUUUUCAAGCUAUACGAAGAACUAAGCAACGUGCACGGUUCAUCCGACAAGGUUAAAUCGGUCAACGAAAUCGAUGAGGUUGAGGACCGUAGCUUCGCUGUCCCGACCAAAGCCCUUGAUAACCCGUUUUACGCGAAAUCAAAGUCCCAAACCAGCGUCGGAGUUAACAAUGAUGAGGACAUUUCGAAUCUAGCAGGGCCGAUAAGCGAGUUUCGCCCCGUCUUUGAGAUGUAUCACGAGUGGAAUCACGAGUUCCAGGGCAGGAACAUCGCCGCCUCGUGA